CGUCGCUUGGAACAACAAGUCCAAACUUGUCCGUCGUUCAUAGCGUAUUCGUCCCUUAUAUCUAUCAAGUGUGAUCGUUAAGUUGGUCAUCGAAUACUAUUUACUGAGUGAUUAAUAUUACGCAAAUAAUUAUGGAUUCUGAAAAUAGAGAUACUCCAGGUGGCUCAAACUACAGAGUAAUAUCUAGAAAAAGAUUAUACGAUAAAAUGCAGGAACCGAACUUACCGAAUUUAGAAGAAAAAUUAAAUUAUUUGGAAAAUGAACUUUUAACACAUGGUGAUUAUAGUCAAGAGCAAAUAAGAGAGUUGAAGCAUAAAUUUUCUUAUAUAAAAAGUAAAUUUAAAAGAAGAUGGUCAAAAGGUAAGAGGCAAGAAGACAAAUUCUUAAAAGAGAAUGCUGAUUGGCUGCAAGGAACAUUCCAGAUACCUAAAUCUUCCCAUGGACGUGUUGGUCGACCAUUAAAACCAUUUAGUGAGUUAUCUGAGGGAAGUAGAAGGAGAAAAACAGAGCAACUACGAAACACCGUCAGUAAAGAGGCUCUCGUUCAUGCUGCAAAGGUGAGUUUGCAGAGUUCUGGGAAUAGAGACGCAUCACAAGUUCUCACUGAAUUAGUUAAGUCUCCAAAACGAGGUACUAAGUACAAAAAAGCUUAUACAACACAUUUGCAAGUCAACGCAACACAACUUACACCUCUUCGUUCGUUAUCAAUGUUUGUGGAAGCGGAUCUUUCCAGAAAACAGUACGAAGUAAUACGAGAUUCACAUAAGAAAUAUUACCCUUGUUAUACCAUAUUGCAAAAGGAAAAACACUCAGAAGAGCUUACAGACAAAGAAGAGAAUGAAUAA